CCUAUCAUUCCUCUCCCUCUCAGUUGAAACGAUGUCUUCGGCUAGUGAAGCUGCUUGCUCUUACGCUGCUUUGAUUCUCCAUGACGAUGGCGUCCCCAUUACCGCUGAGAAGAUUGCAACUUUAGUUAAAGCUGCAAAUGUUUCGGUUGAAUCAUACUGGCCGAGUUUGUUCGCUAAGCUUUUCGAGAAGUGUGAUAUUGAGAAUCUCAUAACGAAUGUUGGUGCUGGUGGCGGCGGUGCUCCGAUCGCUGCCGCUGCACCCGUUGCCGCAGCCGGUGGUGGUGCUUCUGCUCCUGCUCCUGCUGAGGAAAAGAAGAAGGAAGAGCCGGAGGAGGAGAGCGAUGAUGAUUUGGGAUUCGGUUUGUUUGAUUAGAAAGAUCCUUUCAAUUCCUGUUUUGGUUUUCAUUACUCGUUUAAUGCAUUAAGCUUUGACAGUAGCUGUUGUUUUGAGUU